ACGGGCUGAGCGUAGGCCGAGCACAGUGCCUCUCGAGACAUAGUCGCGGUUAGUGCUACGUGCGAUACCGCUGCCUAGUAUCGACGAGCUGCUAUCGAUCCUAGUAUCAUCGCGCUCUGUGGUUUUGAAAUAAUUGAAGAGUGCCAGUGAUAAUUUUCGAUAUCGUUUCGCCAAUAGCGAACGUCAGGACGUACGUACGUGCGCGAUAAACAUCGGUCGGCCGUCGCCGCCGAUCUGUGCCGAAUCGUAAUUCUUAACGCUGAGAUAAAUCCAACGCGAGUGAAUUUACAGGGGAUUCUGUUGAUUAAUUUACAAUAUCCCUGUGUGAUUUGAUAGUGAAGAGUGCACCGUGAUGAGGCCGAAGGAAGAAAUAGAGACGAAAGUCCAAACGGGAGCUUUUAUUUUGUCUGAAAAAAUCGACGACACCAAGACGAAGAAAAGUGAAAAGGAGAUGAAAAAAGAAAUGAAACGAUUAGAAAAAGAAAAACAAGAAAGGGAAAAGAAAGAGAAAAAGGCGAGAGAAAAGGAAAAGGAACGCGAGAAGCAAUCCAAAAAAGGCAAAGUGGUGUGCGCAUCUUGCGGCGGCAAGUGCAGCGGUGAGGUGCUUCGCGUGUCGGACAAGUACUUCCACACCGCCUGCUUCACGUGCCGCACUUGUUCAGCCUCUCUCGCCAAAGGGGGCUUCUUCUGCAAGGACGGACACUACUACUGCCCGCAGGAUUACCAACGCGCGUUUGGCACACGAUGCGCAGCCUGCAACCAGUACGUAGAAGGAGAGGUGGUCUCCGCCCUCGGGAAUACGUAUCAUCAGAAAUGCUUCACUUGUGCGAGAUGCAAGAGAGCGUUCCCGUCGGGUGAGAAAGUGACGUAUACAGGAACAGAAGUUGUCUGUUCGAACUGCGUGGCGGUGCCGCAGCGACAGACCGCCAGGACUGCGGCGCCGGCCCCCCUCAGCUCCCCCACUCCGGAGCCACAGCAGAAUAAUGUUGAACGACGACAGCCAGAUCAGAACGAAUGCGCUGGUUGCGGUCAAGAAUUAUCCGAGGGUCAGGCUUUGGUGGCACUAGACAGACAAUGGCACACUGGGUGCUUCUCGUGCGGCGAGUGCGGCGCCGUGCUGCAGGGCGAGUACAUGGGCCGCGACGGCGUGCCGUACUGCGAGCGAGACUACCAGCGUCUGUACGGAGUGCGGUGCGCGUACUGCCAGCGAUACAUAUCCGGGAAGGUGUUGCAGGCCGGAGAGAAUCACCACUUCCACCCGACGUGCGCGCGCUGCAGCAAGUGCGGCGACCCGUUCGGCGAUGGUGAGGAGAUGUUCCUCCAGGGCGCCGCCAUCUGGCACCCGCGCUGCGGACCCGCGCCCCACGACCCGCUCUCCGCCGACAGAGCCUCCUCCGAGCUGCAGUUCUCGCUGCGAUCGCGCACACCCAGCGUCAACGGCUCAUACUGCAGUCCCUACAGUAGCUUGACUAGGAAGUACGGGUACCGAGCCGUCUCCCCCGGGCUGGUGCUACGCGAGUACCGCGAGGCGGGCGCGUGCAGUCCGCACCGCAUCACCACGUACUCGUACCUCACGACGGAGCCGGCGUACCUGCGCCGCCCCGUGCAGCCCUACGACCGCCCGCCCACCUCGCCGCACUUCCACCGCCCGCCCUCGUCGGCGAGCACCCGCGCGUCGUCCCGGGCGGGUAGUAAGGCGUCGUCCCGCCCCGGGAUGCGCGUGCUGGUCGACUCUAUCCGCAGCGAAACGCCGCGACCCAAGUCACCGCACAUGAACAAUGAGGAACCAAUCGAGCUGUCACACUACCCGGCUGCUUACAAGCCGCCCCCCGGAACCAAACCGAAGAUAGAGAGAGACGACUUUCCAGCACCACCUUAUCCAUACACCGAUCCGGAACGCAGAAGGCGAUGGUCGGACACGUACAAGGGCGUCCCGGACAGCGAUGAGGAGGUGGACGGUAAAGUGAACGGCGCGGUCAACGGCCGGGCCGGGGUCGACCCCAAGCUGCGCAAGGAGGAGGAGGAGCUGUCCAAAAUCGAGACGGGGAUAGCGCAGGUGUUCCUGAAGGAAGUGAAAGAACGCGAAAAGCUUCAGCAGUGGAAGAAACAAAAUUUAGAUCCUAGAAACGCAAGCAGAACGCCGUCCGCGUCCCGCGAGCCGACGUACCGCCUGCGCUACUCGUCGCCGGUGGGCGCGUCCCCAUCCCGCAGCCUCGACCACCCGCGCGCGCUCGACGAGCCCUCGCACGCCGGCCACUCGCACGCCAGCCACUCGCACAUCCCCAGCUACAACGUUGUUUCGUCACUGAGAAGCGCACCCCGACCCGGGUACGGUCUCGCCGCGCGCUCGCACACUUUCUCGUCCAGUACUGCCGGUGACUUCACAUUUAGCGGCAUGGGAGAUAAAACUCAUAGCACCGACUUCAGCAGCGGCAAAUCAGAUAUGCGGACGGAUCUGUGCAUUUCUGCCGGCUCCAUAACCGAUGUGGAUAGAAGUGCUGUGACAACCGAAGCGGGUAUAGUGGUCCGCGGGGUGAGCACGCUGGGGUCGGGGGUGGGGGUGCGCGGCGGGGUGGGGGGCGUGCGCCGCUCUCUCCCCAACAUGGCCACCUCGCAUCUCCUGCACGAGCCGGCCAAGCUCUACCCCUACCACUUGCUGCUCAUCACCAACUACAGGCUGCCGCCCGACGUCGACAGGCUUAACUUAGAGCGACAUCUCUCGGACGCCGAAUUCGAAGCCAUUCUCCAGAUCAACCGGCAAGACUUCUACCGCUUGCCGCAGUGGCGCCGAAACGAACUCAAACGACGGGCUCGCCUCUUCUAGAACAUUCGUCUGCUCGAACGAGCGGUUCACUCGCGACAGCGCCAUCUAGGAACUGAAGUUGGUACUUUGUACACUUUUCAUUUGUCGAUAUUAUUGACACAAGAAAGAAAAUGAUAAAAAAAAACGAUAGUUUUAGAAUAUAGAUAGUUCUUUGAAACGUACAAGAUCAUUUCAAUUAUCAGACUGAAUUAAAGGCUAUCCCCAAAAAUGUUUAUAUUGAAGGAAGAAACUAUCGUUUUAAAAAAUGAAUAAGGAUGUACAAAGUAUCGUCUUCACAAUUGGUUUUAAAAUAUCAAGAUUAUUUAUUUGUAGUCAUUCAUUCGAUUGGAAAGAAUGCGUGCCUAUGUUAUUUUAUAAAGCUAAGAUUUAAUUUUAGACGAGCCGUUGCGUGCACGGCGUGCGCUUUAGUUUUGCAUAAUUUUUAUAUUUAACAAGACGAAUUGAGUUGUUCUUGUUUUUAACGUUUUUUUUUAAUUUCCAUUUUAUUUAUUUCGAUGUAACCUAUAUUUUUCGUGUACCCGAGCAAAAGUAUAGAGAAGUUGUUAUUUUCACUUUUUACGUUUAUUCGUAAAUAUCAAGCAAAGGGAUACAAAGUUACAAGUCCACAAAACAUUUCUCUGUCGAAAAUUUUAAUUGACCCAUAACAUGUAAAUUGCACGUGUUGUUUUUAUGUAGUGUGCAAUGAGAAUAAAACGAAUUAGACAUUUACUGGUUUUGAUAUUAUAAACAAACGACCUACGACCGUAUUUUGAGAGAUAAAUAUAUUAUCACGAUACUUACGAAUCUGAGAUUUCAAAGUAAUGUGUGGACUUCACUUUGUUUGAAUUAAGAACUUCACGUCUUUGGCUAGUGAUGCACAGUGAACGAUCUUCAUUGGAAACUCCAUUCAAAUCGAUCGUGAAUUAUGUGAAAAUACGAAUCCUAUUUCAUAACGACGAUAUUAUAAUAACUUCAGAUACAUAAUAAUAUUAAUAUAUUCGUUUAAUUUAAAAAUAAAAAAAUUAUACAUUAAUUCGGUGUGAAUGUGUGACGAGAGUUCAAAGAAUAAUCAUAAUAUUUGAAUGCUGUUUUCUAAAGUAUAUAAUAUUAUUUAUAAAUUGGAUAUAGAGAUAUUGACAAAAAUGCAACACUAAAAAAUAUCAUAGGGCAGAAAAAAACUUAGCUAAAGCACCGGACGUGACUUUAAAGAAUAGGAACAUAUAGUUAGGAUAAAUAUUUAUUUAUCAUUAAACAGUAUGUUCGUAAAAAAUAUAUAUAUUUAUAUAUGUACGAAUAUUUUGAAAUUGGCGUUCAAUUAGUUAGAUGUGUGCGUGCCUACAAAGAUUCAUUGGACGUAAUUUUAAUUUAUCAAAUGUCUAAGUGCCGUAUGGCAUAUACAUAUAUAUAUAUAUAUGUAUUGUGUGUGUGUAAUUGAGCUGAAUUUUGUAUGUCUUUAAACAAUAGAAAGAUAUGAAUGUAUCGGUUGCAACAUAAAUAUGUACUAGAAUUAUAUAAUAUAUAGCCUAAGGUUUUUUUGUUUGUCUAGUCUGAAACAUUUAGAAUGGCUAAUUAAAAAAGAAGAAAAAAACUAUUGAACUGAUCGUAAAUUUGAUUUAUUUAUUUUUGUUUAUAUCUUUUUACUCUGAGUUUAAGCUUAGAGAAAUGAAUUUUUAAAAUAUUUUCUAUUUGUAACUAUAUUUAUGUUGCGACUGCUAAUCAAUAAAUAAGCGACAGAAAAUGUUACUAAGUAACUCUGUGGAUUGGUGUCAAUUAAUUUUGCUCUCAUAAAGUUGGCUGCUAUUCUAAUUUUGACCUUUUCCAAAGUUCAUAAAAUUAUAUUUAAUUAAAGACCUCUGUCAAAUUGCUUUGUAACAUAUGUAUUUAAUCGAGAUGGCUUCUGUUGACGAAGCAAGCUCUGGGACCGAUGACAUUCUGGUGCACAAUGAGGUAUAAAAUAUAUAUUUUUGGCCGUGAUUCAUAAACAUAUACAUACAUUAUCAAUGGUAUUGUGAAAUAAAUGUAUCAAUUUGGAAUACAAGUAACAGUACCUCAUCAUGUGACUAAAUUAAAAUAUCACUGUGUGACGUCAUCAUAUCUCCAUAUCACAAAUAUUGUAUCCAUCAAGCGGCAGUCUGUAGCUUUCUUACGAGAGUGACCAAUAUUUAAUUAAGAAAUAUUUUGCUUUCACGAGUGUUGCCAAGUUUAUGAGAGAAAAAUGAAUUACCGAGCUCAUGUCUGAUUAUAUCGAUGCCUUUGUAUAAUAAUAUUAUUAUAGUAAAGAAUGAUAUAUAUAUAUAUAUAUUUCAUUGUGAUGCGUGCUAAAGCGUGUAAUGAUUAAUUUAGUGAGAACCAAAUAUAAUACAUAUAUGUAAGAUAUAUAUAUUUUUCUUUAGUUUUUAAUUCGGGGCUUAGUUGUACGUAUUUAGAUAUAAGAAUAGCUUCUUCGUGCGUUCGUAUUAGGAACAAACUGAACGGUAUAAUGAUGCUAAAUAAAAGUAAUAGUCUCGCAAUAUCCACAUGCUCACGGUGCUAGAUACAAAACAAUUAGUCGAAUUAUAUAGAUUCCCUAUCGAAUGACACGGUUCUUAGUCGAUAAUUCAAAUUAUGAAUAGUAGUAUAACUUCAUUGUUUCAAUAGAUAAUAGUAAUGUUCCUAAAAGUGACUGGUUAAGGGUGUGCGAGGUUGUGUGUGUGUGUUUGUGUUACUGAAAAAAUGCUGCUUUCGAAUAAAAAAUAUAAUUCCGACAGUUUAUAUUAAAAGUUAUAUAAAUCGAUAUAACUGAAAUAGGAUGUUGAAAGCAGUGUUUUAUAAGUAAUGCAGAAUUUUACUAAAUUGUUUUUAAUUUUAUUCUAAAUUUAUUCUACACAGAUAUUAUGCUUAGUUGCAAUAUUACUGAAGAAAUUUUAAUUUUAUUCCCUUUAAAAUGAAAGUAAGGUUUUACUUUUUAUUAGUGUUUAAUUAUUAACGCAUAAGUUUUAGGUAGCUUACGAUUUGAACGAUCUUUUGUUACCGUCUUAGAUAUUUUAAAGAUGUCACUAUUGAGCCAUUAUUAUAAUAGUAAUAUGCAACUGAUUCACCGCUAAAUAAAUCUUAUGAAAAUAUAAAGUACUAGCUUCGCUAUGGCAUUUUCUGAUAUCAAUAAUACUUCCAUAUUUGAAUCGGAUUUUGUUUAUGAUUUUAUUGUUUUGAUUUGUUUUUCCCAGAUCCAUUACAAAAACAAUUAUAUUAUUAUAAUAAGAGUAGCGUACAUACUUCUUCAAACAUUAAUUAUCUGCGAGUAAAAGUAUCAUGACAUUUGGUGCAGAUUUGCCCAAAGAAACAAACACAAUAAGGUACACUAAAUUAUUAUUAUUUUUCACUUUUUUUAUAAAGUGUAUACUUUAUGAAAGUGCAUAUAGUUAAUUCAGCGCAUAUUUAGUGCAUAUUAUUCAUCUAGUAAUACGAUACGUAUAUGGCUAUGACGAUUAUCUAGACACAUUUCACAGAUACAGCCAGUAUAUUAAAUGGCUUUUAACAACAUUAUAAUUGUUGAAAUUUUAUUUUACUAGUAAUCCGAUUAUAAAAUAAUGCUUGAAGCAGUGUUGUAAGCGCGGGUUGCUGGAACUAUUGGAAUUAGUAACAAGUCAAAAUAUUUCUGUGUAAUUUCUUAAUAUUCUACUUUAGAAUCUAAACUGUAAUUUUUAUGAUCAGGUCUUUAUAAAUAUCUCAUCCUAUAGAUAGUUGCAUUAGAGCCCGCUAUUAAUUGAAAAGGCUUUAAACAUUUAUAUCCGACCUUGUGCCUCUUAACGUAAUUCAAAAUUGAAUUUUUAUAUCUUUUAUAGUCUCAAAUCGUAUCGUAAAAGGCGCAUCAAAUGAAGGAAGCUAUUUCGUUCGUAUACAGACAAACAUUGCCUAGUUUGUUUUGUAAAUCUUAUGGCUCGUAUAUUGAAAGUUGUAUCGUAAUAAUAAUUAAAGUUGACAUGUAUAUUUACAACGUACGUAAUAAGGAACCGGGCAGCUGCUAUUGUAUAAAACUGUCGCAGCCACAAAACUGUUGAAAGCAUCUUCCCCACGUAUGACGUCAUGUGAGCUCGGGAUAAGAGACAAGCUAACCGUAUACAAUAUAGGAUCGGUUUUACCUACUAAUUUAAAUACAAUCAUUAAUGGUUAACAAAUUUAGUGAUCUAUUGGUCGUUUGAAUUAGUUUAAUUUUUAACUAAUUUUUAGAUUGUUUGUAUUGGUGCCCGUUUGCAUAUUACGUAUCUAUGCGAUAGCGACUUUAUAUGUAAAUUGUUGACUGUCAAAUCUGUUUUUACCUCAAUUUCAUUAAAAACUAGUUCAUGCUGGUACAUGCGAAUCGAUUAUUGUAAUAUAAUAUGCGGUGUUUUUGAAAUGAGUAAUAGUGCUUUGGAAGUAAUAAACUUGCAUUUCAAAA